UUUGCCUCAUCGUUUUCACCCCAGAGUGACUCCACCUCACUCUGUGAGGGCUGCGGUGUCCCUCUAGCUGCUCCGCGCGGGGUCCGCGCUCUUUUCCCAGCCGGCCAGGCUAGGUGGGAACAGCUCCUCUUUGCACGGGUGCAUUAAACGACCUACUCGCGUUCACUGGGCUUGGUGCCACCGGGCGCAGGACCCAGGCGGCGUCCCCAAGCGGGCACCCGGGCGGCUCCCCGGCGUGCGGCGCUCACCUGUCGGCCCGCCUCUCCGGGACGACCCAGGUGGCUCGGGGCGGGGAGGAUCCGCGCCCCGCCCCGCGCGGCCACAGCCAUCGCCAGCCCGGAGCGGGUGUCUGGAGCCCAGGCCGGGAGCCGAGCGAGGCGCCGGGAGCCGGCCGGCGUCCGCGCAGGUGGAAAAAGAAGUCCCAGGCCCAUGCUUGCUGCCUGACUUCAGGGCGCCUUGUUAAGUUAUGAAUAAUCCCUGAUUGCUGUCGUGCUGAGUGGGUAAAUGACAAAGGGCAGAGGGAAUUUUGGUGUCAGACGCCUGCUUUCUCCAACUCUGACUGCUUUACUUUGUUGGAUGAAGACCUGUUCCCUGCCGCCGUGUAGAGACCAACUAACCAGGUUGUCUUUCUUAAGGUGUCCUUGAAUGAGAGAAACAAGGACUAGAAGAGGAGGAAGAAGACUUGGGUAAGGAAGGAGUUUCCCUAGAAGAUGGAAUGUUUCAGUCCAAAGACGCCUGGAAAUGUGCUCUAGUUUUCAGAGACACACGACUUUGACCUGCCCAAUCAGGGUGGACAGAAUGCUGCUCCUCUGCCACAUUCUAGCUGUCACCAUCCUUCAGAUCUUGAUCAUCUCAGAGAACUGGGUGUUUGCAAAGAACAUCAACUUCUACAAUGUGAGGCCCCCUCUUGAUCCCACACCAUUCCCAAACAGUUUCAAGUGUUUUACUUGCGAAAAUGCAGGGGAUAAUUAUAACUGCAAUCGAUGGGCAGAAGACAAGUGGUGUCCGCAGGACACACAGUAUUGUUUGACAGUUCAUCACUUCACCAGCCACGGAAGAAGUACGUCCAUCACGAAGAAGUGUGCCUCUAAAAAUGAAUGUCAUUUUGUCGGCUGCCGACACAGCCGAGAUUCGGAACACACGGAGUGUAGGUCUUGCUGUGAAGGAAUGAUCUGCAACGUAGAGUUGCCCACCAACCACACAAAUGCAGUCUUCGCUGUAAUGCACGCUCAGAGGACGUCUGGCAGCAGUGUCUCCAGUGUCCCCAGUCCUUACCUCCUGGUGCUGGCCUGGCUCUUCAUGCUUCCCUUGCUAUGAUGAUGCAGUUCCCAAGAGAAGCAGAGACCAGCGAUGUAAAGCACAGAAACAGUGGGCCAGCGAACUCUGGAGCGAAGGUCCAUCUUGCACUUGAUAAAGAAGAUGCAUUGGACUACAAAGUAGAAGGCAGAGGUUUGCUUUGCUGAAAUGCUCCUGCAUGAGGUCAGAGCACUGAGCAUGAGGACUUGGUAGGAACCAAGAGGACGACGACCUAGCAUCCAGUGUUCUGGUCCAGAGAUGCUGCAUUUUGUCAGUUCUAUAGAAGAGCCAACCAGCAUUUUUGACAGCAAGAGUAGCUUGAUAAGCCCGGGCCUGACUAGGCCUUCACCUGGAAGGACUUUUUUGACCUCAUGGACUCCCUCAGAGUCUGCUGGGUCAGACUCUUGUUUCUGCGGCUAUCUCAGAGCAUCUCUGAAAUGUAACCCUUCUGCCCAUUACCGUAAUAAGUACUUGAGAUGAUCCAUUUGUAAAGACAAAUGGUUUGUUUGGGCUCACAGUUUUGGAGAUUGCAGUAUAUCCUGGUUUGGGGCCUGUGUUAGAGAGUGAGUAGCCACUUAUAAAUAGAAACUUGAAAAGUGGGAGAGGAUGGUCUGGAGAGAUGUCUCAGCAGUUAAGGGCAGUGACUGAUCUCCUGGAGGACCCAGGUUUGAUUCUCAGCACUCACAUAGCAGCUCACAACUAAAAGCUCCAGUGCCAGGAGAUCCAAUGCUCUCUUCUGGCCUCUGUGAGUACUGCAGACAUGUGGUGCACAGACAUACAUGCAGGUAAAACACCCAUAUACAUAGUUCUUUGUAAUAAAGGGAAAGGAAGGAAAAAGAGAAAGAAGCAGGGGUGGGAGAGAGAGAGCAUGCACUUAAGAUUCUAUAGUACCCUUCAAGGUUGUGUUCCCAACGUCCUAAGAAAUUCUCUGACUAGACCCUGUUUCCUAAUGGUACCAAUGGGCUGAGGACCAAAACUUUAACCCUGUAACAGUCAGGAUCCAAACAAUAGUAUCCACUAACCACCUAGUCCGUGAGCAGAGCAACUGCAGGGGGAGCUUUCCAGUUCAUUCUGUGAAUCCAUUUGUCAAUUACGAGCUGGUUGGGGAUAGGGUGCAAACCUUUGAGUUAGACAGUGUAAUGCAUGCUGCAUGUUUCUUGACAAUGUGGAGGCCUCUAAUGAAGCACAUUUACCAGUGUCACUAAAUUUGUGUUUCCAGGCACCAUGGGUGAUACAUGCUGUCUGAAAGAAUAAAAUUCUAUGCUGAUGUGACUUAA